CCCAGAUCGACUUUUCAUUUUCUGCUUUGAGAUCUAGUUUCCCACCAAAGGCUUGGGGCCGGAAGUCUUGUGGACCUUCCCUCUGGUAAACGACAGCGCUCCCGAAAGCGCAUACGCACCCCAUCCUCUGAAAAGAAAUAAAUGACAACAACAACAACAAAAUUCCCCCCAGGGGCCAGAAAUGGAAUAUCAUCUCAGUGGUCAUCAUUUGCCCACCACCUCCAUGUUCAGGGAAGACUGUCACAUCAGGGAUGUUGAUUAAUAAUUAAUUAAUGAGCACAAUGGCAAAAAUAGGAUGGGAGUCCUAGGGGGGAGCCCCCCCCCUUGACCUGAGGUUUGAGAGUUUUCUAAACUUAAAUCCGUGGCUACCUUGGUUCUUAUUCCCAUUCCUGGAAUAUAGAGGCAGAUUCAGGCCAGAAGCUUGAGUGGGUGUCUAGGCAUUUUAGACCCUGUUGGUUGGGGGGGGGGUCAUAGGGGAGGGCGGAAACCUCCAGGUGAGGAGAGCGGGUAGACCUGGGGGCAGGGGCAGUGCUGCAAACACUGGGCAGACAAGGGAGCUGAGACCACACAGCUUUGUAGGCUAGAGGCCCAAAAGGGCCCCUCACUAUCUAUCUCACUCCUCUGUGUCAGCCUAGGAGUGCUUGUCGAUUUUCCAAGAUUUAUCUGUUGCUUUUGGGGGGAGUGGGUGGGACGGGGACAGUGAUGCUGAUGAUUGUAAAUCUCUUCUCUGUCCUUAUUGCACUGCUAACAGGGACCUUUCCCAAAGGGAAAAAAGCCUCCUUCUACCACCUCUUCCUCCCACAUUCAGAUCCUCACUCUUUGGGGGGAGGGGGCAGGGGAAGGGAAUGCUCCUGGCCUUGUAAAGAAAGCCUCGAUUUACUCUAUUUAAAAUAUUUGGGAAAGAGGAAGAUUUCUCCCCUAGGUUCCCUUGUUUUCCUUUCCAGAACAUCCCAUCCUCUGAAGGGGAGGAGGGGAAGGUUCCUUUAGCUUUUCUGGAGAAAGGGAGGCAUGAGGGAGAGGGAGCGUAGGACUGGGGGGCUCAUGAUGUCCAGGUCAUGGUCCUCUAGAGUUUUUGAAUCAAUUAAAGCAAAUAAUGCUCUCUGUUUUCCACCAGGCCCAGACGAGCGAUUGGCCAAGGCCGGUCCCGUGACCACGAAUUCCCUGCAAUUUUGCUGGAGUCCUGGGUUUUAUAGAGAGAGUCCCCAUACGCUUGUAUUUAUCAGCAAUAUACAAUUAUAAAGGCCCAAAAUUUUAAAAAAAAGAGAGAGAGAUCAAAAUCGUCCCUUCCCAAAAUCGCUCCAUCACACAAACCUGGGGGGGGCAGGAGGGGGGGUCCCUUCCGAUCCUCCCUCCUGACGCCCCCCCAACAGGCCCCCUCCCCCACCAUUGAAAGCCAUGAAUUUUGAAUUUGAGAGGGAGAUUGGGUUUAUAAACAGCCAGCCAUCGCUCGCCGAGUGUCUGACUUCCUUCCCCGCUGUCUUGGAGACAUUUCAAACUUCAUCAAUCAAGGAGUCGACAUUAAUUCCUUCUCCUCCUCCUUUCGAGCAAACCUUCCCCAGCCUCCAGCCCGGCGCCUCCACCCUUCAGAGACCCGGGAGCCAAAAGCGAGCCGAAGAUGGGCCGGCUCUGCCGCCGCCUCCGCCGCCGCUCCCGGCCACCCCCCUGGCCCCCGAGUUCCCCUGGAUGAAAGAGAAGAAAUCCGCCAAGAAACCCAGCCAAUCCGCCACGUCUCCCACGGCCGCCUUCUCCGUCCUGGCCUCCGGGGUCGGAUCGCCCGCAGAUGGGCCGGGACUGCCGGAGGCCGCGGGCGGCGGCGCGCGCAGACUGCGCACGGCUUACACCAACACGCAGCUGCUGGAGCUGGAGAAGGAAUUCCACUUUAACAAGUACCUGUGCCGGCCGCGCCGCGUGGAGAUCGCCGCCUUGCUGGACCUCACCGAGAGGCAGGUCAAAGUGUGGUUCCAGAACCGGCGCAUGAAGCACAAGCGGCAGACGCAGCACCGAGAGCCGCCCGACGGCGGGCCAGCCUGCCCCGGUGCCCCGAAGAAAGCCGGCGAGGCCUCCGAGGAGCCCUUGGCCAGCCCGGGCCGCCCCUCCGUCUCGCGGGCGGCGCGGGAAGUCUGCUGUCAACCUCCUGAGGUCGCGCCGGGGCCCCUGGGAGCGCCGGGCCUCCGGCCUUUGGCCGCUCGCGUGGAGGGCGCGGGCGCACGGAGCCCGGGCGGCGAGCUGCGCGGGGCCGGCGGGCUGGAGCCGGAGCGCUUGCCGGAAGACGCCUUCCCCGAGCGGCCCUAUUCGCCUUUCCUACCCGACCUCAGCUUCUUCGCGGCCGACUCCUGUCUCCAGUUGUCGGGAGGCCUCUCCCCCAGCCUCUCGCUCGACAGCCCGGUUCCCUUUUCCGAGGAAGAGCUGGACUUCUUCACCAGCACCCUCUGUGCCAUCGACCUGCAGUUCCCUUAAUAACCCGCUUCCUCCUCCCGGCCCUCGACCCCUGCCCCCCUUGGCUGCCUGCGGGAAGCCCGAGGACCCCCACCCCCAAGCCGUAUAGACUUCUUUACGUGUUUUGCUAAAAUUCAGGUAUUAUUGAAUUAGCGUCUCAUCCACUUCCUUUCUUCUCUUUCUAAAAUAUUGGGCACACGGGUGUCUUUAACGAAAAAAAUCACACAGUCACACAGAAAAAAAUUCCGUUUGGUAAGAGUCCUUCCAACGAAAUCUCAGGAAUAAUUAAACUCUAGGGGGGGCUUUCCUAAAAAGAGCUAGAGGAACCUAGUUUCCUCUUCUUUUUUUUUUUUAAGUUUAGACCGUAGAUUAUUUAUUAAAAUUCUUUAAUAAUAGGAAGAGGGGAAAGUAUUUAUUGUACAUUAUUUUCAUAGAUUAAAUAAAUGUCUUUAUAAUACGAAAA